AGGGAAUGAGAGAGCAGACAGGUUGGAUUCAGCAUAGCAACAGGACAGUGACCCCAGCACCAGAAGUACCCCUCAGGACUGUCAGAGAGGGUGCCUUUCGCCACUAUGAAGAAGGAGGUGUUCUCUGUGGCAUUCCUGAAGGCGGUGUUUGCCGAGUUCCUUGCCACCCUCAUCUUUGUCUUCUUCGGUUUGGGUUCAGCCCUGAAGUGGCCCUCAGCACUACCCACUAUCUUACAGAUUUCCUUGGCAUUUGGCUUGGCAAUUGGCACCUUGGCCCAGGCCUUGGGUCCUGUCAGUGGUGGGCACAUUAACCCUGCCAUUACCUUAGCCCUCUUCGUGGGCAAUCAGAUUUCUCUGUUACGAACUGUCUUCUACGUGAUCGCUCAGCUGGUGGGUGCCAUUGCUGGUGCUGGCAUCCUUUAUGGACUUGCUCCUGUCAAUGCCCGAGGCAAUCUUGCUGUCAAUGCUCUCAACAACAAUACAACUCCAGGCCAGGCUGUGGUGGUGGAAUUGAUCCUGACCUUCCAACUAGCACUCUGUAUCUUCUCCUCCACUGACACCCGACGAACUGACCCUGUGGGCUCCCCAGCCCUCUCCAUUGGCCUGUCUGUCACAUUGGGACACCUUGUUGGGAUCUAUUUCACAGGGUGCUCCAUGAACCCUGCUCGAUCUUUUGGACCAGCCGUCAUCAUGAAGAGAUUCAGUCCAGCUCACUGGGUGUUCUGGGUGGGACCCAUCACAGGGGCCAUCCUGGCCGCCAUAUUAUACUUCUACCUGCUGGUACCUAACUCCAUGAGUAUGAGUGAUCGUGUUGCCAUUGUCAAGGGCACAUAUGAGCCAGAGGAGGACUGGGAAGAGCAGCGGGAGGAACGAAAGAAGACUAUGGAACUUACCUGUCAUUGACAUGUACCUGACAAUGUGGGCAGAGAUAAUGCUUUACUCCAUAAAGCAUCUGGGGGGAAAAAAGGACAAAAAUAACAGCAGUUUCCUUCUUCCAUAGAUAGGCAUUCUGAGCAGGGGAAUCAGUCUCCAUGGUUACCCAGUUAGAGCUGGGAGUUAGGACCUGCUCCUGGGUAGUCAUGGGACUAUGAGGGAAAGGGAUCUCUCUAUGAAGAGUUUUCUCUCAGGGAUGGGCAGGCACCAGAACUUGGACUUCAGAAACGAUCCCUGGAAUCUAGAACCAACAGCAGAGCCUACAGUCUAGAACCUGUGGAACCUAGAAUCUAGAACCUACCUACUAGGUAUUCUGCCAAAGAGGGCCAAGUUCUAUAAUCAAUAGUCUGGCCUGGACCCAACUCCUCACCAGUUCUGCCCCAAAGCCAGAGAGAUGAAUCCCAAGGAAUGGCAAGGAUUCUCCCUUCUUCUCUGAUUCAAACUCCAUAGCUUCUCUAAGAGAGACAGAUUGCUUCAUGGAAAGAUACCUUAUUUAUUUUCAAUCAACUAGACCAAAGGGUAGGCUGGGGAUGUAUAGUGGUAUUUGGGGGAGGGUUGUUCUAUCCCCCAAUAAAUCAUUAAUAAUCCUGA